AUGAUUAUUUCAAAGCUAAUGCCAGAAGAACAUGAAAUACAUGAAACUACCCAAGUGCUUGGUACAUUUGGCUAUUUUGACCCGGAGUAUACAUCGACGGGAAAAUUGACUCUACAAAGCGAUGUUUAUGCUUUUGGUGUUGUUCUUCUAGAGCUUUUGACAGGACGUCAAGCUAUAGAUCUAAACCAAGGUCCAAAUGAUCAAAACCUUGUACUACAAGUAAGGCACUUACUGAAUGACCGCAAGAUGCUCCGUAAGGUGAUUGAUCCAGAGAUGACUAGAAAUUCAUACACCAUUGAAUCGAUAUUCAUGUUUGCGAAUCUUGCGUCACAAUGUGUUCGUCCUGAGAGUCAUGUGAGACCUUCAAUGAUUGAUUGUGUUAAAGAAAUUCAAAUGAUUAUCUAUAGAAAUGCAAAAGGGUUGGGAAUGGUUAUGCAUAGUUUGAGGAUGCUCUAGUGACAAAAAUACUUGAUUAUACAUACUAUUAUU